CGUAGCGACAACGUUGCAAGAUCUAAAAAGUAGAAGGAAGAGGAAGGGACAGAGAAGGGCAUAAAGGGAAGGCAAGCGUCUCAUCACCACGUUAUUGCUUGCGGUGCCGGCUCUGGUGUAACUUUGCUUUCUCCGACUAACCUUAACCUCCCAGCUCCAACAUGUGUGACGAUGAAGUAGCAGCAUUGGUCGUUGACAACGGCUCUGGCAUGUGCAAAGCUGGCUUUGCUGGCGACGAUGCUCCCCGCGCCGUUUUCCCAUCGAUCGUCGGACGCCCCCGUCAUCAGGGUGUCAUGGUCGGCAUGGGCCAAAAGGACUCGUACGUGGGAGAUGAGGCUCAAUCCAAGCGUGGUAUCCUCACUUUGAAGUACCCAAUUGAGCACGGAAUCGUCACCAACUGGGAUGACAUGGAAAAGAUCUGGCAUCACACUUUCUACAACGAGUUGCGUGUCGCCCCUGAGGAACACCCCGUCCUCUUGACCGAAGCUCCUCUUAACCCCAAGGCCAACCGCGAGAAGAUGACUCAGAUCAUGUUCGAGACCUUCAACACCCCGGCCAUGUACGUCGCCAUUCAGGCCGUACUUUCCCUGUACGCUUCUGGUCGUACUACUGGUAUCGUGUUGGACUCUGGUGAUGGUGUUUCCCACACUGUUCCAAUUUACGAAGGUUACGCUCUGCCCCAUGCCAUCCUCCGUUUGGACUUGGCUGGACGUGACUUGACCGAUUACUUGAUGAAGAUUUUGACUGAACGCGGUUACUCCUUCACCACCACUGCCGAGCGUGAAAUCGUUCGUGACAUCAAGGAGAAGCUUUGCUAUGUCGCUUUGGACUUUGAACAAGAGAUGGCCACUGCUGCCUCCUCUACUUCAUUGGAGAAGUCUUACGAACUCCCCGACGGUCAGGUCAUCACCAUUGGCAAUGAGCGAUUCCGUUGCCCAGAGGCCCUGUUCCAGCCUUCAUUCUUGGGUAUGGAGUCUUGCGGUCUGCAUGAGACCACCUACAACUCGAUCAUGAAGUGCGACGUGGACAUCCGUAAGGAUCUGUACGCCAACACUGUCCUUUCCGGCGGCACCACCAUGUACCCCGGCAUUGCUGAUCGUAUGCAGAAGGAGAUCACUGCUCUUGCUCCAUCUACCAUGAAGAUCAAGAUCAUCGCCCCACCGGAGCGCAAAUACUCCGUCUGGAUCGGUGGCUCCAUCUUGGCUUCUCUGUCCACUUUCCAACAGAUGUGGAUCUCGAAGCAAGAGUACGAUGAGUCGGGCCCAUCCAUCGUCCAUCGCAAAUGCUUCUAAACCCAUUCGUCACCAACAUCACCACAGCCGAUACUUUGUAGUCACCUGGCGCAAUAAGGUGGUGAAGAGGCUGAUGAAUGAAAGAGGGGAGAGGAGGAGGAAGAAGAAGAAUCAAGAUAAAAAAAUCCACCUGGUUUCACACGUGCUGUUUUUUUUCCUUUCAGUUUAAAAGCAGUUUCUUAUAAUUUUGUUUCCACACAAAUUUUUUUUUUUUUCCAAUCUCCAAACUCCUUUGUUUCCUUCAUUUUGCGAGUAGUAGAUUAUCGUGACUUGGUGUGUUUGUUAGCUGUUGACGCCUACCUACCAUCAUUCCGAAAAAACUUUUUUUUUUUUCGUUCGAUUUCCGUUUUUUUUUUUGGAACAAGAUAACAAAAAAAUUCCUCUAGCCAUUCCCGCAAACAAGAGCCAGCCUCUUUGCGCGCAAGUCACUUUGAGGUGUGCGUGUGUCUGUGUGUAUUUUUCCCCCUCCCGUUUGAGAGUUGUGAUAAUAAAACUCUCGAAAGUUCCAA